UAUUUAUUAUGGAGUGAACAAGUCCUCUUAUUGCAUUGACUUUUUUUUGAGAAUGUGAUAUUUUAGGCUUACAGAAAGGUCUAUACAAAGAAACACACAUGAUUUAUUUUUCUCUUAGAAUGGAAGUAAAGGUGUAUGUCGAAGGAGUCCAACGCAUAGUUUGUGGAGUCACUGACAAAACAACAUGUCAGGAGGUGGUUAUCGCUUUGGCACGGGCACUUGGUCGCACUGGCCGAUACACUCUGAGAGAAAAAUUCAAAGAAUUUGAACGUAAUGUGACUCCGGAUGAACGUCUCUUGGAGUCCUUGGAAAAAUAUGGUGAGCAAGCUAAGGAGGUGCAGCUCACUUUGAAGCAUAUCGGUCCAUCCCUUGAGGAAGAAACAAACCUGCCCAAAGCCCAAAUGAGGCGAGUGGAGGGAACAGGGAGAGCGCGAAGAGGCAGUGGGGCGAUCGCCCUACACCGCCAGAGCCUCCCACCACUGUCAUGCCUCUGCCUCCACUCCGAGCCACCACCCGAGGAACCGAAGAGACCCAAGCGGAAGUCACUAACGCUAAUGGAGGAAGCAUGGGGUUGGUUGGAAAACUUGGGCAGAGGCGGGAAGCAGCAAUCAGGACGAGAUAAGGGGAAAGACAAGGAGCGCAAAAAAGGAAAUGGGCACUCAGAUAACACAAACAAAAGUUCCCUGGCCUCUGGGACGCCGGAGCCAAAAGACAAAAAUAGAGUUGCACCACAUAAGCCUUUGAUCAGUUGUCUUGGGAACCAUGGGAGAUGCACUGAUGAGAGUGCUGUAUGUGAGAGACGAGAGGAAGAGGAACAGAAAGGUGCUGAGGAGGACCUAAAAACCUUAAAUGCAGUGGUCCAAACAAUCCAUCUAGACACCGAGAGUGAGGAAAUUGUAGAGUUAAGAAGACUAGUUGUCCAACAACAGGCCAGUCUGCAAGAACUAAAGCACAAAAUUGAGUCAACAGAUCAGUUAAUCCUUGAGCUAGAGCAGCAGCAAGCUAGCAGCGAGCUUUUCGAGCUCCAGUCAGAAGAAGAGGAGCAGAUCAAGUUCUGGCUCAAUGAGCUCAAGGCAGAGGAAGUCUUUGAGAGAGACCUUCAGAAGCAAUUCCUUCAGAUAAAAGAGGAAGCUGCUGAGUGCAAAGCUAAGCUGGAAGAGUACAAACAGAAACUGCAAGUGAUGGACUUGAAAAACUUCCAGCAGCAAACAGGUCAUGAAGACGUCACUGGAGAAAAUAUCCAAGCAGAUAGGAAUAAACCUGCCCAAACAAGUGUCAAAGAAAUACAGAUCUCCGCAGAUGGAUCAUGUGGAGACGCUGGAACACAAAGGGUGGUUACAACUCUGGAGUCCAAAUUCCCAUAUGUGCUUGUUUCAGCAAACCAAAUAUCAAAUCCUCCACUAAGUGGACCAGACGAACUGAGGGAAUGGUGGACGCGAUGGUCUCAGAGCCAGAAUCCAACAUCAGUGACAAAACAUAAGAGAGUUCACCGCUCUGAAAUCACCAUACAGUUGGGAAGCACCAGAGUUUAAGCACUCUGAAACAUCUUAACUCCGGUUUUGUUUAGGAUUCAUGGAUACCUCAUUUAAAAGAGUGCAAAGGCACAAUGUUUAAAGGAUCUGUACAGUGUGUUGCUUAUAAAAAAA